ACUCAGGACCUCUAUGGACGACUCCAAGCCUUCUUCUUCUUCUUCUUCCCAGCUCAACCAGCCGCCGCCGACGGCGAGCCAGCCGGAGACGCCGGCGCGGCACAUCGAGCGAAUGCUUAACGUCAACCACCACCACCGAUCGCCGUCGCGGACAAUCUACUCCGACCGGUUCAUACCCAGCAGAUCCGGCUCCAACUUCGGCUUGUUCGACAUCAAAUCGCCGGCGAAUUCUCAGUCCGACGAGACCUCCAGCGCCUACACCACGCUCCUACGCGCUGCCCUCUUCGGCCCCGAGACCGCCGGCGUGAUCCCUCCGGCGACGCCCGAUCGGCGCGGGCUCAUGAACCCGCCGAACCAGAAUAUCUUCCGGUUUAAGAGCGAGACGCGGCGGUCCAUGCACUCGCUGCUGCCGUUCGGGUUUGAUGAUGACGUGGCCACCGGAGUUCAUCACAGUCCGGUGAAGACGCCGAGGAAGGUGCCCAGGUCGCCGUAUAAGGUUUUGGAUGCUCCGGCUUUGCAAGACGAUUUCUAUUUGAAUCUGGUGGAUUGGUCUUCACAUAAUCUAUUGGCUGUGGGGUUGGGCAACUGUGUUUAUUUGUGGAAUGCUUGUAGUAGUAAGGUGACUAAGUUAUGCGACUUGGGGAAUGAUGACAGUGUCUGUUCGGUCGGCUGGGCGCAGCGGGGAACUCAUCUUGCCGUGGGAACUGGCAAUGGGAAAGUCCAGAUUUGGGAUGCAUCUCGCUGUAAGAGGGUAAGAACUAUGGAGGGCCACCGUCUACGUAUUGGUGCAUUGGCCUGGAGUUCGUCAAUGCUGUCUUCUGGUAGCCGUGACAAGAGUAUUCUUCAACGGGAUAUUCGUGCUCAGGAAGAUUUUGUUAGCAAACUUUCUGGACAUAAGUCAGAGGUUUGUGGACUGAAGUGGUCUUACGACAACCGUGAAUUAGCAUCAGGAGGGAAUGAUAAUAGACUUUUUGUUUGGAAUCAGCAUUCAACUCAACCUGUGCUGAAAUACUGUGAGCAUACUGCUGCCGUGAAAGCAAUUGCCUGGUCUCCCCAUCUUCAUGGACUUCUUGCAUCUGGGGGAGGAACUGCAGACCGAUGUAUCCGUUUCUGGAAUACAACGACUAAUUCUCACUUGAGCUGCAUGGACACUGGAAGUCAGGUAUGCAAUCUUGUGUGGUCCAAAAAUGUCAACGAGCUCGUCAGCACGCACGGGUACUCCCAAAAUCAAAUAAUAGUUUGGAGAUAUCCUACCAUGUCCAAGCUGGCAACUCUCACGGGCCAUACAUAUAGAGUUCUUUAUCUUGCCAUCUCACCUGACGGACAGACAAUUGUCACGGGAGCAGGAGAUGAAACACUUAGGUUCUGGAAUGUGUUUCCUUCGCCUAAAUCCCAGAAUACGGGAAGUGAAAUUGGAGCAUCAUGUCUAGGCAGAACCAUCAUCAGGUGACCUGCAGGACACUUUUACACGAACUCAGCAAAUUUCAAAGGCUUCUCGGACCGGUCAGGACUAUAUGCUAACAUGUCACUGGCUUGUUGACAUAGUAAAGGUGCAGAUCAAUUGGUCAACCCCCAGGUGACCAGAUAAUGUUGGGACCUCAAAGGCUAUAUCAGGAGGGAAGGGUCUGCUGGUUUUGGUCAAGUAGAUGAUAUAGCGUUUUAUAGUUCAUAUAUAUAUAUAUAUAGAAGGGAGGUGUUAUUAAUCGUGUCUCACCUGCUCAGUGCUCCCUCGCUUUUGUAUAUUAAAGAGCAGAAAUUAAAUGAUAACUUAUUGUGGUGCAAACAGAUUUCACAUUCUUUGUAAAUUAAUCAUCAUCAUUCUUUCACUCGGAUAU